AUGGGUUCGGUGUUUUGGACAUCAUUGCUGCUGGUGAUUCUUUUCUAUCUCUUCGGCGUCCUCAACACCCAAAUUGUCACAGACCAUUGCCGGGCUCUGAAGUACGCAAGCGUUCCUACGGAGUGCAACCCGGAGCUGCUGAGAUUUUGGGCCAGCGUGCCACAAUCCAUGUUGACGUUGUUCUUGUCCGUCACGAAUGGCAUUGGUUGGGAUGAAGCCCUCCAGCCUCUUUAUGGGGUAUCCACCGUCGCCAUUAUGAGCUUGAUUCUCUACAUUGUCAUCACAGUGCUAGCGGUGCUAAAUACUGUUACUGGGGUAUUCUGCAAUAUGGCAAUCGAGAGUGCUCGAGCUGACAAGGAGAUGGCCACAAUGCGUCAAAUGCAAAAGCACGAGGCACAAGUGGAUGCUUUACGAGGUGUUUUCGAAGAGAUCAAUCCAGACCAGGAUGGCAUGAGCGUCAUCAGCCUUGAGGAGUUGAAG